AUGUUUGUGCCCUGCGCCGAGCCAGUUCCCGAGCUCUCGGGCUGCACCCUCUUGAUGCCAGCAGUAUCUGUUGGAAAUGUUGGCCAGCUUGCAAUAGAUCUGAUUAUUUCCACACUGAAUAUGUCUAAAGUUGGUUACUUCUAUACUGAUUGUCUUGUGCCAAUGGUUGGAAACAAUCCCUAUGCAACCACAGCAGAGCUGAGUAUAAAUGCUGAAGUAUACUCAUUGCCUUCAAGGAAGCUAGUGGUGCUUCAGUUGAGAUCCAUUUUUAUCAAGUAUAAAUCCAAACCAUUCUGUGAAAAGCUGCUUUCCUGGGUAAAAAGUAGUAACUGUGCCAGAGUUAUCGUUCUUUCAAGCAGUUCUUACCACUGCAACGACCUCCAACUUUGCAGUAGUCCCUUUCGCUUCCUACUUACACCUUCCAUGCCAAAAAAUGUUCAGAAUAAAAUAAAGAGCCUGAACUGGAAAGAAAUGGAAAAAAGCCAGUGCAUUCCUGGAAUUGAGGAUUCUGAGUUCUGUGUCCAUAUCCCAGGAGGUGGUAUCACAAAAGUACUCUACAAGGAAAGCUCUUCCAGAGAAAUUCCAAUGAUGGUUCUGCUUAAAUUUAUUUCUGAAGGAGAUAAUAUUCCAGAUGCAUUAAGUCUUGUCGAGUAUCUUAAUGAGUGGCUUCAGAUCAUCAAACCAUCUGUCAAUGACUCUACAUUAUCUGCUUUGCCAUGGAAGAUACCAAGUUCCUGGAAACUGCUUUUUGGGAGUGGUCUUCCUCUUGCACUUUUCUGA